CUGUUGAGCUGUUGGCGUUUUGCUCUCGGGCAGCAGCAGCACCAGAGCUAGGAGACACCCAGCAGUCAAGUACUCUACUCCAACAAUGCAUAUAUAAAACCUCCACACCUCACACCACCCCAGAAAAAAGCUUCAGAUGCUCUCUUUUCUUUAUGAUCUCUCUCUCUCUCUCCCCCUCUCUCCUUGGAUUCUUGGAUAGGGCGUAUUCCAUCUUCCCUACUGAGCACUGGAGGGGGCUGGGUGGGAGGAGGGAGGACUUCCUUUUUUCUUGCGGCUUUCUCAUCGUUUUGAUGGAAGAGUUCAGCUAGAGGGUCUGGAGAAGCGUUCUUGUUUGGUGGACUUCCUUCCCUUCUAGGGGUGGAUUGUGGUCUGUGCAGUGGAGUGAAGAAAAGGGUCCAAGGUAGGAUUUUGAUUUGUGGAUUGGUUUUGUUUGGUAGAUUUCCUUCCUUUUGGGGUUGGCUGUAGUUUGCAUGGUGGUGUGAAGGUAAGGGUCCAAGAUGAAAUUUUGAUUGGUAGAUUGGCUCCAAGGUUAGGUUUUGUUUGGCGCAUUUACUUGCUUCAUGGCUUAUAUUUACCGUGUUGGGUUUAGUUUGUAUGGGAAGUAAAGGGAUAGUUGUAGCUGGAGGGUUUCAGCUGGUUUGUUAGGUUCCCUUCCAUUAAAAUGGGCGGUCUUCAUCUGUUGCAUUUAUUGGUGCUUCCUUUAUUGGGUCUUUGGUUGGGAGGACUCUGCCAGGAGGAUGCAGCUGUGUACAUUGUAACCAUGAAGCAGGCUCCUGCAGUUCAUUAUUAUGAUAUGUUGAAGACGUUUGGAAACAGUGUGGUUAGUAAUGGGGCCUCUGGGACAUUGAAUACCAUCAACAAGCAAAGAAAUGGUUCAAGAACAGAUAAAAGUUACGGUUCAUAUUUGAUUCGCCUUCAGGAUUCACUACUGAAGAGGGCACUAAAGGGGGAGAACUAUCUUAAGCUUUAUAGCUAUCAUUACUUAAUUAAUGGCUUUGCUGUUCUUAUCACCCCUCAACAGGCAGAAAAGCUUUCUAGGAGACGAGAAGUAGCAAAUGUAGUUCUCGAUUUCUCAGUAAGGACAGCAACUACACACACUCCUGAGUUCCUGGGUCUGCCACAAGGGGCAUGGGUUCAAGGAGGAGGGCCUGAAGUUGCGGGACAAGGAAUUGUUAUUGGUUUUAUUGACACAGGAAUUGAUCCAACACACCCCAGCUUUUCAGAUAAUCUGUCUCUCAGUCUUUAUCCAAUUCCUGCUCAUUUUUCUGGUGUUUGCGAAGUUACAAGAGAUUUUCCAUCUGGAUCCUGCAACAGAAAGCUUGUUGGAGCUCGUCAUUUUGCGGCUUCUGCCAUAAAUAGGGGAAUUUUCAAUGCUUCUCAGGAUUAUGCUUCACCCUUUGAUGGUGAUGGCCAUGGAACGCACACAGCAUCCAUUGCAGCAGGUAAUCAUGGAAUUCCUGUCAUUGUGUCGGGCCAUUACUUUGGGAAUGCAAGUGGCAUGGCUCCUCAUGCACACAUAUCUGUUUACAAAGCUCUGUAUAAGAGCUUUGGUGGCUUUGCUGCUGACGUUGUUGCUGCCAUAGACCAGGCAGCUCAAGAUGGUGUUGAUAUUAUAAGUUUGUCCAUCACUCCUAACAGGCGCCCUCCUGGGAUAGCAACAUUUUUCAAUCCUAUUGAUAUGUCACUGCUUUCAGCUGUAAAGGCUGGAAUAUUUGUUGUCCAAGCAGCUGGCAACACUGGACCUUCACCAAAGAGCAUGUCUUCCUUCAGUCCGUGGAUAUUUACUGUUGGUGCUUCAGCGCAUGAUAGAAUUUACAAUAACUAUAUUCAACUUGGCAACAAUCUAACCAUUUCUGGGGUUGGACUUGCACCUGGAACAGAUGGUGACUCGAUGUACACUCUAAUUGCUGCAACUAAUGCACUAAAAAAUGACACAACAGAAAAUGACAUGUAUCUGGGAGAAUGCCAAGACUCAAGCCAUCUAAGUGAAGAAUUGGUUAAAGGAAACCUAUUGAUAUGUAGUUAUUCCAUUCGGUUUGUACUUGGGCUGUCCUCAGUCAAACAAGCAUUAGAGACAGCAAAGAACGUUAGUGCAAUUGGAGUUAUCUUCUACUUGGAUCCAUUUGUCCUGGGGUUCCAACUCAACCCUACUCCUAUGCAUAUGCCUGGUCUGAUAAUACCAUCUCCUGAUGACUCCAAGGUGUUCCUAGAAUACUAUAACAGCUCCUUGGUGAGAGAUGAAAUCUCAAAAAACAUUGUCAAGUUUGGUGCUGCUGCAAAAAUAUUAGGAGGCCUAAAAGCUAACUACAGCAACCCUGCACCAAAAGUAAUGUAUUAUUCUGCUAGAGGACCAGAUCCACAGGACACUUCGUUAGCUGAUGCUGAUGUCAUGAAGCCCAAUUUAAUAGCUCCUGGUAAUUACAUAUGGGGUGCUUGGAGCUCGUUGGGCACUGACUCCGCUGAAUUUGAAGGUGAGAAUUUUGCCUUGAUCUCUGGUACAAGUAUGGCUGCUCCCCACAUUGCUGGGCUUGCUGCUCUGAUCAAGCAGAGGUUUCCACAUUUUAGUCCUUCAGCCAUUGGUUCUGCACUCUCCACAACUGCCACUCUCUAUGACAAGCAAGGAGGACCGAUCAUGGCCCAACGAUCUUACAGCAGCCCAGAUUCAACCCAGUCACCUGCAACUCCUUUUGACAUGGGCAGUGGUUUUGUUAAUGCAACUGCUGCUCUAGACCCAGGAGUGAUCUUUGAUUCUGGUUUCGAUGAUUUCGUUGCAUUUCUAUGUGGCAUCAAUGGUUCUAGUCCUGUAGUCCUGAACUACACCGGUCAGAACUGUAAACUGUCCAACAUGACUGGUGCGGAUCUAAACCUGCCUUCCAUCACAGUAGCAUUGCUCAACCAAUCAAGAACGGUCACAAGAACAAUGACCAACAUUGCUAAUGAUGAGACUUAUAGUGUCAGCUGGAGUGCUCCUUUUGGGGUCUUGGUUUCAGUCGCACCUACACGAUUUUUUAUUGCCAGUGGCCAGAAACAAAACUUGACUGUUGUUCUAAAUGCCACCAUGAACAGCACCUCCCCCAGCUUCGGAAAGAUCGGUCUUUAUGGAAGUGGAGGCCAUAGGUCAAUGGUUCCAUUAUCAGUCAUCUCAAAGAUUGUAUACAAUACCACCAUAAGCUGAAAAAGGAUCUGACAAUUACUUUUGCUUUGGCAUCAAGGUUGACCUGAUUUUUUUAUUCGUUUUUGUGUAUAGGAGCAUCCUGAUAUAACUAGAAGAGUGACUAAUAAUUGUAUAAAUGCAUCUUUAUCCCCUUCCAUGAUGGGA